UUUGUAAUUGUGCUUCAUUAUUAUGGCUAUAUUUCUCAGGUUAUUUUGUGUAAGAGGUUAAAGUAAAAUUUGUCAAAGCAUUACGUAUAAUUAUCAAGUAACAAAAUGAAGAGAUCACAUUCUAGACGAGACGGAGAUGAUUAUGAGCGUCAUAGACAUCAUUCUAAAGAGCGAGAUCGAGACCGUGACCGAGAUAAGGACCGCGAACGAAAUCGGGACUGCGAGCGCAAUCGUGAUCGUUAUUAUGAUGAAAGGAAUAAUAAAAGGAGCACCUCUUAUAAGAGAAAUCACGAUUCAGAAGAGCAGAGUACAGAAGUUAGAUCAUAUGAAAAGCAAGAUUUAAAAAAAUUAAGAGAUUACGGAAAAGAGAAUAGAAGGAAGUCAGACAGAUAUUUCUUUACAAAUAAAGAAAUGGAGAAGAAACAAGAAACAAAAGCUUCUAAUGAAGCACUGGAAAGGCAAAAUCGAACAGUUGAGUUGUUAACGUCAAAAACAGGUGGUGCUUACAUACCACCUGCAAAGUUGCGCAUGAUGCAAGCAGAAAUCACUGACAAAUCAGGAGCUGCAUAUCAACGGAUUGCAUGGGAAGCUCUUAAAAAGUCUAUUCAUGGUCAUAUUAAUAAAGUUAACAUUAGUAACAUUGGACUUAUAACUCGAGAACUUUUAAAAGAAAAUAUUGUUAGAGGUAGAGGUUUGCUUGCUCGAUCUAUUAUUCAAGCUCAAGCAGCUUCACCAACCUUUACAUCUGUUUAUGCAGCUCUCACUGCAAUUAUUAAUUCUAAAUUUCCCAAUAUUGGGGAAUUAAUAUUAAAACGUCUUGUAAUACAGUUUAAACGUGGUUUUAGAAGAAAUGACAAACCCCUUUGUAUAUCUUCUGGAACAUUUAUAGCGCAUUUAGUAAAUCAAAGAGUAGCACAUGAGAUUUUAGCCUUAGAAAUUUUAACCUUAUUGGUAGAAACACCAACAGAUGAUUCUGUAGAAGUGGCAAUUGCAUUUUUAAAAGAAUGUGGUAUGAAGUUAACUGAAGUUUCUAGAAAGGGUAUUGAAGCUAUAUUUGAAAUGCUGAGAAACAUAUUACAUGAAGGUCAAUUAGACAAAAGAGUUCAAUAUAUGAUUGAAGUUAUGUUUCAAAUUCGAAAGGAUGGAUUUAAAGAUCAUGAAGCUGUUCCAGAAGAACUUGACCUUGUAGAAGAAGAAAAUCAAUUUACACAUUUAGUAACAUUAGAUGAAGCAACUGAUUCUCAAGAUAUAUUAAAUGUUUUUAAGUUUGAUGCAGAAUAUGUUAGUAAUGAAGAUAAGUAUAAACAAUUAAGUAAAGAAAUACGGGAAGAAAGUUCAGAUGAAGAUAGUAGUGCUGCAGUAACAGAAGGAAAAGAAGAUGUAAUUGUAGAUAAUACAGAAACAAAUUUAACAGCUCUUAGAAGAACAAUAUAUUUAACAAUACAUUCAUCACUUGAUUUCGAAGAAUGUGCACACAAAUUAAUGAAAAUGCAGCUAAAACCUGGUCAAGAAACUGAACUUUGUCAUAUGUUUUUGGAUUGUUGUGCAGAAAUGAGAACAUAUGAAAAAUUCUUUGGAUUAUUAGCUGGCCGGUUUUGUGCUAUUAAUAAGAUGUAUGUUACACCAUUUGAGCAAAUUUUUCGAGAUUCAUAUCAUACAAUACAUCGUUUAGAUACAAAUAAGUUACGUAAUGUGUCAAAAUUUUUUGCUCAUUUACUAUUUACUGACUCUAUAUCAUGGGAAAUAUUAUCUUGUAUAAAAUUAACUGAAGAGGACACAACAAGUUCUAACAGGAUAUUUAUCAAAAUCUUGUUUCAAGAACUAUCAGAAUAUAUGGGACUAUCUAAGCUUAAUCAACGUGUUAAAGAUGUUACAUUGCAACAUGCGUUUGAAGGAUUAUUUCCCAGAGAUGAUCCAAAAAAUACUCGUUUUGCAAUAAAUUUUUUUACAUCUAUUGGUUUAGGUGGACUUACAGAUGAUUUAAGGGAACAUUUAAAAUCUCAUCCAAAACCUGCAAUAAUACCUGCAUUAGAACAAAAAAGUGAAAGUGUUUCAGAAUCUUCUCCAGAUUCCUCUCUUUCUAGUUCAAGCUCCUCAUCAUCAUCAUCUUCAUCUUCAUCGAGUAGUUCAAGUUUAGAUGACUCUGAUUUAUCUUCAGAUGCAGAAUUGAAAAAAGAGAAGAAAAGAUCGAAGAAAGAACGACGAAAGAAGCUCAUGACAAAAGAAAAUAAGAAAAAACAUAAGAAAAAAGAAAAACUUAAAAAACUA